CUGGCAGAGAGCGGUAGUGGCGGCGGCGGGCCCGGAGCGGCCCGGUCGCAUCAUGGUGGCCAAGCAGCGCAUCCGUAUGGCCAACGAGAAGCACAGCAAGAACAUCACACAGCGCGGGAAUGUCGCUAAGACCUCGAGGACGGCCCCGGAGGAGAAGGCGUCGGUCGGGCCCUGGCUGUUGGCGCUGUUCAUUUUCGUGGUUUGCGGAUCAGCCAUCUUCCAGAUCAUCCAGAGCAUCCGGAUGGGCAUGUGAGGGGCCCCUCCCUGGGCCAGGCCUGACCGUGCCCUUCCCCGGUGCUGCCAUGAGCUGUUCCCCCUCUCCCCGGUCAGCCCCGGUUCGUCGUCGCAGCAGCUGCCCGAGGAGCGGUGCUCGGCAUCGGCCGUGUCGCAUUCCAGGUCCCUUCAGCAGUCAUUCCGAGUUUUCUAGCCCACAGUGCCUUGAACAGCACCAGAUGUACAAAGCAAUAAAAUUAUAUUGUUGAUCUACAAUCGUGGACCUACUUAUUCGGUGAAGUGCACAGCCCUGUUCUCUGUAGAGACGUUAACCUGUACGCCAUGUCGAUACGUAGGAAUUGACAUCUGUUGUAAACACCGGUCUUGAGAUCUAAUCCUCUGUAUAGCUGGAAAUGGUUUUAUUUAAAUUUGGAAGCCAGGAUUUUUAUAGCAGCUGGAGUACGAAGCAUGUUCAUAAUGGGCCGUGCAGCGUUCUGUAGCUUACCCGAGUGCAUCGUCCUCUCUGUACGCGUAGAGUAGUCUUACUGCAGCAUGUGGCAAUGCGUUAGCACUCAAACGCUUAUCACAACAGAAAACUUUAUCCCAUACCUCUUGUCCUAAUAAAUGCAAAAUGCUUGUUUCUAUAGAGUUAGUGGGUAUUACUUAAUUAGAAACCGGCAUGACCGAACAGCAGCUGUUUCUGACAUAACCGACGCUGAAGUUUCACAAACUGCUGGCUGACCGAGCCUCUCCUGGCCGCGGGCUGCGACUGUGCUGUAAAUACUUCUUGGACAACUUUCAACCAGUGGUGAUAGUUUUAAAUUUUACAAUGUUGUAUGGGAAUGUUUGGUGCAGGUAGAGGGACCCUGCCCACAGUUCUGCUUUUAUGUGCAGCAUCUGCAAAAUGUGGUAUGUCUUGCAAUAUAUAUUUAAUCCUAUUUAAGGUAAACCUUGCUCUCAACUCUAACAAUGGAUCCAGUACUUAACUGCUUCCCUACGGAUGAUCACAGUUCCUCCUUAGUGAUACUGAAGAAAAAACAAAAGAAAAAGCUCUCCUUACAUCUGUAGAUGACUGUAACUUGUAACAGUGGAAAAUGCUGCUGUUGAUCAUAUUUUAUUGCUGAUGGCCCAGGCGUUGAGUGGCCUCUUGCUCUCUGUUGUGGUAACAAAGGCAGUCCAAAAUUGGUCUGCUGUUGUACGCAGCUGCUAAAGGAAGAUUUCUUUUUUCAGGUUUCUUAGCAGAAGACAAAUUUUAAAAUCUGGUUACACUAGAAGUAAUAGAAAAGUUUCUGUAGACAUUCAUUAAAUGCCUGAUAGCUGUGAAAGAGCAGAUCUUUUGUAUGAGUUGUCACAUUUCCAUUUGAAAUCAUUGGGACUGGUGUAAACCAGUGUGGCCAAGAGCAUGCCCCAGAACCGAGCCGUACAAGAUAACAUAUGUUCCCUGUUCUUGGACGCUCGUAUUUUGUAAGUGGUGGUGGGGGGAAGUAUGUACCAUCUCUGAUUUUAAAUAAAGUUCUUUUCAAAUGCGA